AUGGAGAAAAAUCAAGCCAUGUUUCCAGUUUCUAUCAUUCUCUUUUCACUCUUGCUUCAAUCACUUGUUAUGGCAGCUAUAGAGCCAAAUUCUACUGCUAAGGAUAAUAGUUUUGAGUGCAUUGAGAUGGAAAGAAAAGCCCUUCUUAAGUUUAAAGAAAGUCUAAGUGAUCCUUUUCAUUGCCUAUCUUCAUGGGUUGGCAGUGAAUGCUGCAAAUGGGUGGGUGUAAGAUGCAACAAACAUGCAGGGAAUGUGAUAAGGCUAAACCUCAGAGGCACAGAAAUCUGUUCCAAGGCUACAAAUGAGUCAGCCACACGCACCAAAUGGCCUUUGAGUGGUGAGUUGAAUGCUUCUCUGCUUGACUUGAAACAUUUGAAUUAUUUGGACUUAAGUCACAAUGAUUUUGAGAAUGUUCAAGUCCCAUCAUUUUUAGGUUCACUUGGUAAGUUGUGGUAUCUCAAUUUAUCCCGUUCAUCCUUUGCUGGAAAUGUUCCUUCUCAGCUAGGAAACUUGUCUAAUUUCCAGUAUCUUUCUUUGUCAACAUCUUCAUCUUCAUUAUGGGUUUCUGAUUUGAGUUGGUUGUCUGGUCUUACAUCUCUCCAAUAUCUAGAUAUGAGUGGUGUGAAUCUCAGUAGAGCAUCAAGUUCAUGGCUCCAAUCUAUCAAUAGGGUUCCAUCUCUUUCAUUUUUGAGGUUGUCUGGUUGUAAACUUUCUGGUUUACCUCAAACUCUUCCAUUUUUAAACCUUACAUCACUUUUAGUUCUUGAUCUUUCUUCCAAUAGGGUUGAUUCCUUGAUACCAGGAUGGCUGUCCAAUAUCAGUACCUUGAUAGAACUUGACUUAGACGGUGCAAGACUUAAAGGUCCCAUCACUGAGGUUUCAUGGGGAAAUUUUUGCAAGUUACGUAGUUUAGACUUGUCAUCAAACCUUGAGAUUGUUGGUGAUGUUGAAGGACUUGUGGAGGCUUUAACAAUAUGUACUAACAGUAGCAUAGAGAAAAUAAAUUUGUCCUUCAAUAAACUUACAGGGAAUUUACCAACCUCAUUGGGUUACCUUAAAAAUUUGAGAACCAUUAUGUUAAAGGGUAACAAAUUGUCUGGUUCAAUCCCUUCAUCCAUUGGAAAUUUGUCAUAUUUGACAUUUCUUGACCCUUCUCACAACAUGAUGAAUGGGACUAUUGCACCUAACAUAGGUCAGCUCACUGAACUGGUGACACUGAAGCUUGAUGGGAAUUUUUGGGAAGGCUUUCUAACUGAAAACCAUUUCCAUAACCUCACAAAGUUGUCCACAUUUUGUGUCCUCCAAAAGGGGGACUGUCAAUUAGGCCCUGAGUUUCCUGCAUGGCUCAAAACUCAAAGCAACCUAAUAACCAUUGUUCUUAAAAACACUGGAAUAUCAGAUACAGUGCCAAAUUGGUUUUGGGAUUUCUCACCACAGAUCACUACUAUGGACCUCUCCUACAACCAAUUGAAGGGAAGCCUUCCAAAGUCCUUACACUUUGGUGAUUUUGCAUAUGUUAGUUUGGGGUUUAAUGCCUUGGAAGGGUCAAUUCCAGUUUGGUCUGGUGUGAUUUUUCUUUAUCUAAACAACAACUUUCUCUCUGGCUCAAUUCCUUCAAAUAUCGGCCAAGGCAUGUCACAGUUGGAAGGUUUGGAUCUUUCAGGGAACUUUAUAACUGGCAGCAUACCUUCAUCCAUGAGUUUGCUAAGUGAUUUGACUUUACCUGAUCUUUCAAACAAUAGUUUAUCAGGGAAAAUACCUUUAUAUGGAGAGGGACACAAGCUAAGCCUUUUUACUAUUGAUCUAUCACGAAACAAUCUAUCAGGAGGAAUCCCUGCUUGGAUGUGCACAACACCUUCACUUAGCAUAGUUCAACUAAGCAACAAUAAUCUGUCUGGGGAGAUUUCAUCUGUGUUGCCCAAUUGCCCCCAUUUGUACACAAUAGAUCUUGGAGAUAAUGCAUUUUUUGGAUCCAUAACAAAGUGGCUCGGGAAUAACAGAACUUGGAUAGAUGAGCUGAGACUACAAGGCAAUGCACUCACUGGAAACAUCCCUGAAAGUUUGUGCCAACUACCAUAUCUUCAUCUUCUUGAUCUUUCACGCAAUAACUUAUCAGGCCAUAUCCCUCCAUGCUUAGGCAACAUGACAGGUUUCAAAGAACCAAGGGAUCAUAUUGGCCUCCCCCCAGAUUCUGUAGUGUACUCCGAGCACAUGGAUUUGUAUGUGAAAGGAAGAUCAAUCGAAUACACAUCACAGAUGCAUGUUAUAAAUCUUAUUGAUCUUUCCUGCAACCAUCUAUCUGGGGAGAUCCCACACUCACUGACAGAACUCUCAUGCUUAGUUUCCUUGAACCUGUCUUGGAACCAAUUAACUGGAGGCAUUUCAACAAACAUUGGAGCGCUACAUCAAUUGGAAAGCCUUGACCUUUCCAACAACAAUCUCUCAGGUCCAAUACCUCCAAAUAUGGCUUCCUUGACUUUCUUGGGACAUUUGAACUUGUCCUAUAACAACUUGUCUGGUGAAAUACCAACAACAAAUCAGUUCCAUACUUUGAUAGAUCCCUCCAUCUAUGAGGGCAAUCCACACCUUUGUGGGACACCUCUGUCUGUUAAGUGCUCAGAGCAUGUUGAUGAAAACACCACAGCUAAUGACACAGAUGAAGAUCAAGACAGUUCCCAUGAUAAACUAUGGUUAUAUUUGAGCAUAGGACUUGGCUACAUUGUCGGUUUUUGGGCUGUUUGUGGCAGCUUAGUGUUGAAGAAAUCUUGGAGACACGCCUAUUUUCAGUUUGUUGAUUCCAUGAAGGAUUGGAUUUUGCUUGCUACAAUUGUGAAUUGGAUUAGAAUUAAAAGAAAACUGAACCUAGAAAAAGAUUGAGACUAUCUCUCUUUUUUACCAGUGAUUAUUUGUAAUUUGUGAUUCUGGGAAUGAUGAAUUGAAA